CAAAGGACAAAGAGAAGAAGAAAGAAUAGGAGGAGCACACAAUUUCAUUGAUGAAAAAUAAAUGAAAAAUAAUUUUAAUAUAUGAAUGACAGGAGCUGUCACUUUCCGGACGCAGUUUAGACAUUUGCGACAGAGUAGAGUAUUUUAUUUUCGGUCCAUUGGAAUGCAGAAUUGCAAGAUUGCAUGUAAGCAGAUAUACAUACAAAAAGUUUCUUUUUAUAGUUAUUUAUUGUAGUAUAAAACAAGUGAAAAUUCAAGUCAAAGCAGCAAAAAAGAAACUGAAAAGUUGUUUACAUAUCUUUCAUCAGUCUACUAUUAAGAACCGAACCCCAGAUCAGGUAUAUGAGUCGGUCCGCUAAUGUCGACAAUAUUAUUCAGUAGAUGCAAAGAUACAAAUGAAUUCUGAAAAUUCAUUUUAAAAGACAAAAUGUUUCUUUAUUUAUUCUUUUUCUCUUUUUAUAGAGAAAACUCUCUUUCUUUGGUGUCUCUUGAGACAUCACAGCACAGCUUACUCAUUCAUUCAUAUAGCUACUUAUUAUAUAAGUGUUUGUUCUUCCCUUUUCCCUCCUACUCUCAGUGUCUUCUCUGUUGAUGGUUUGUUGUUACUUUUUACAUUUUUCUUUGCUUUAUUCUUUAUUGUUUAUUGUUUUUAAUUAACGUGUAGCCAACUAUCACGAACACCCACCUUUAACCUACACAAUGGACCUUUUGUUUGAAUACCUCCAUUGUCCACAAUGAUUAAAAUAGGUCGCCAUGGGACUCUACUUUUUCGUAGUUUAGCACAUGCUGACGAACAUUGAGCUUGUAGUUGGCUCGGUUUGUUAAAUUUAUUUAAUUCUUUUUUCUUUUCGUUUCCUUUCUUUCGAGUUUCGUUGUUUUGGACCUUACCAUUUUUUGUCGGGGGGUUUUUUUUUGUUUACUAGUAAUUGUUCGUUCUAUAACUCGUGUUGAAACUUAUUUUGGACAUGGAGACUGGAACUAUUUCACCCAAUGAUUAUAUUUCAAAAAAAAAUUCAUUAAAGAAUGAGAAAAUUCACGUUUCCAUCACUGAAAAAUCCAUACAAAGUCCUAUUACUGCUCAACUAUCCGCCUCUACCGCCCUCAGUUCCGACUCCUUAAAUUCUCCUUCACAUGUUUAUAGGACUUUUCUGGAUUUACCUUCUCUCGAUGGUGAUGAUGUCCAAUCUUCUGCUUACUAUGCUCACGCUUCCUCUUGGUCCGAUUAUGCCUUUGCAUUUCACCUCUCUGAUACCCUCCUUAUCGUCGCUACACUCAUCUUUACGUGUUCGUCUGCAUGCUUGGAACCGCUCAUGACUUGGACCAUCGGUAAAAUCUUUGAUGCUUUUUCCAAUUAUGCACGAUCUGUAAUUUCUCUCGAUGAAAUGUGCUCCAUCGUCAAUUUUAAUUCACUUCUUAUUUUCAUAUUCGGUAUGGCUUCGUGGAUCUUUAGUUUUGCCGUUCGUUUUCUCUGGCAAUACCUUAGUGCCAUUAUUGGAAAACGGUCUCGUGCUCUAUGCUUUCAUGCCCUUGCCAACAAACCAUCUGCGUUUUACUCACUUACCAGCAGCUCUAGUGCCUUAAUCAAUUCGGUAGACAGAUGUAUUCAAUUUUAUGAAUCUUCCAUCAAUCUCCCCCUUUUCCAUAUUGUCGAAAACAUGGCUAUUGUCAUUUCUUGCCUCGUUAUAUCCUUUCGUUAUAGCUGGUCUUUGACACUUAUCAUCAUGGCUUCCUAUCCUAUUAUUAUGUUUGUCGUUGCCUUCAUCAACUCUUAUCUCUACAAUAGCUAUGAGGGUGAUCGACUAGCUUCUGAAAAAGCAGCUUCUUUCAUCGAAAAAGUCUUGAUGGCUUACAAAACUGUCACCUUUCAUGCCAUGCAAAAUCAUGAGUUUCAAAAUGUUCGCACUGCCAUCCACCAUAGCUCUAAAUCUUUUCUCCGGUUUUCCUUUCUUCAUUCCUUGCAGGGAGGAAUUUCACAGUUCUUCUUGUAUUCUGUCUUUUUUCAAGGUCUUUGGUUUGGUAACCAUUUAGCUGAUUCCGGAAAGGUUACUGCUGGUCAGGUCGUUACCGUUUUUGGUUCUUGUCUCUCUAUUGCCUCUUCUAUCCAACAAAUCCUCCCAUCUAUUCCUGAUCUUGUGAAAGGAAAAUUUGCUUCCCAUUUUCUCAAGUCUUUAUGUCGGGAACCUACUUCUUCCAAACAAAAACCCCCGAAAGUCGGUUUUCAAGACCUUAAAUUAUCUUGGAAUUUUAAUAUGCGUAAUGUAUCUUUUAUGUACCCAAGUACAGAAGAUCAUAAACCGUUUAGCAUCAUCAAUGUCUCAUUGUCCAUUCCUUCUGGUAAGGUUUCGCAUAUCAUUGGACCAAGCGGUUCAGGUAAAAGCACAAUUGCAACGUUACUUAUGAGCUUCUUUCAACCUACAUAUGGCUUUAUAUAUGUGGAUGAUGUUCCUUUAGCAAUGAUCGAUCCAAACUAUGUAUAUUCCAAUGUUACCUUGGUUAGGCAAGAUGCCGUCGUAUUUGACAUGACAAUUCGUGAAAAUAUUAUGAUAGGAAACCACAAUGCCUCUGAAAGUGACUUUGAAUGUGCUGUACGUCUAGCCCUUGUUGACGAGUUUGUUUGGAAUUUUGACAAAGGCUAUGAUACUCCUUGUCACGAGGGAACCCUUAGUGGUGGACAACGUCAACGUAUUGCUUUAGCUAGAGCACUUCUUCGAAAUACUGAAGUGUUAAUCCUCGAUGAACCUACUAGUGGCUUGGAUAUCAUUUCAAAGAACCUAAUCAACGAUGCUAUUCGUGCACACCGCUUAGGUAAAACAACGAUCUACAUUACUCACGAUAUGUCUCAAAUUUACAAUGAUGAUUUCGUUUUUGUUAUUGAAAAUGGUCGUUUACUUCAUCAGGGUUCAAAAAAGGAUUUAUCCAAUCUCGAGUUAUUCGACGAUUUAUCUGAUGAGCAAGAGGAUUUCUCCUCUGAAACGACAGAAUUGGAAAAUCCGUUUUUAGCAAGCUUUGAGAAAUCUGAGGAAGCCUCUUCUUUUUACGAUGACAUAUCUCCCUCCUACGUUGAUGCAUCACCAACCAUGUCUGUUAUGCAUAAUCGUGAUCCAAAAAAUUACUCCAUAUUGCAAGAAAAGCCACUGAAUUCCACAGAUGGCAACGAAAACUUAUUUUUAAAAGCCAAAGAAAAGGAGUCUAUCUAUUCCAUAUAUACUAUAUUCAAAAGCUUAUGGAAAGUUCCAAAGGCCAGAUAUCUGUUUUUCUUUGGUUGUUUAACUUCACUCGGGCAAGGUGCAAGUAUACCAGUAUUAUCUUAUAUUGUAUCUAAGUGUCUCAAUUUGUUUAUGCAUCAAAAUAUGUCUGUUGGAAUUGCGCUAUGGUCUUGCAUGAUUUUAGUCGUGGCCGCAUUCACAGGUUUGUUUUAUUUCUUGAGCCAUUACAUAUUCUCAAAGGCUGCAACAAGUUGGUGUGACUAUUAUCGUCUAAUUGGCAUGAACAAGUUGUUAUCACAGGACCAGGAAUGGUUCGAUGAAACAUCAAAUUCACCUAUUUUAUUUUCUAAAAUUUUGGUUGGUAACAUCAAUGAUAUGAGAAAUAUGAUCGAUUCUUUGGUAGAAGAACUUUUUGUUGCUUUCGUGAUGAUGCUAGUCGGUUUAAUAUGGGCUUUGAUAACUGGAUGGAAGUUGGCUAUUAUUCUAACAGCUGUAAGUCCGGUUUUAUUGCUGACAUCAAAAGUUUUCUCUUACUUUUAUGUUAAGACAGAGAAAGAUUGUCAAGACUGCUCAAUUGCUACUACUUCCGUUUUGCAUCAAACUACUUUGAACCUUGAUGCGAUUAGAGGGCUGUCUGUUAUGCCAUAUUUUCGCGAAAAGUAUAAAGUGCUUUUGAAAGAUUAUUGGGAUGCAACGAAAAGAAAAGCAAUAUUUACUAGUUUGGGAUAUUCCAUCACUUGUUCACUCUUAUAUUUUGUUCGUUCCCUACUAUUUUACGCUGCAGCAAAGUUUAUCUCGAAGAAUUAUUAUAAUGUUGAGCAAACCGUACAAAUUUUAUCAUUAGCCACCUUUACGAUGGUAUCUGCUUCUAGCUGCAUCAUGUCUUUGCCCAAUGUUUCUGCUAGCCGAAUUGAAGCUAGCAGGGUUUUGCGAUUGGCUGAUAUGAGACCAGGAAAGCUCAACAAUCAAGGUAAUAUGAAAUUUCCUUUCGUUGGGAAAAUUGAAUUUGACAAGGUUAAUUUUGCUUAUAACCAAGAGCGAGGAGCUUCCGCUUUAAGUAACGUAUCAUUCACGAUAAAACCAAAGGAGAAAGUUGCUAUUGUUGGUGGAUCUGGCUCAGGAAAAUCAACCACGGCAGAGCUACUCCAGAAGGUUUAUAUGUCUGACAACAUUUAUAUUGAUGACCACCCACUUUCUGAAAUCGAUACUAAAUGGUUAAGACGAAAAAUGGCUGUUGUAGACCAAAAGCCCAAUUUAAUGGGUGAAACCAUUUUAGAAAGUUUAUUAUAUGGUUGCGAUGCGAAUAUGGUAGCAAUUGAAGAGGCUUUAAAGCAAGCCAACAUCCUCGACACCUUACAGAAUCUGCCAAACUAUUUGGAAUCGCCAAUCUCGGAGUUUAGCAAAAAUCUUUCUGGUGGGCAGGCCCAACGGUUGGCCAUCGCGAGAGCAUUGCUCCGAAAACCAAGACUCUUAAUUUUGGAUGAAUGUACUUCUGCACUAGAUUCAGAUUCAUCUAGCAAAAUUGAACAAACAAUUAAAAGCUUGACAUGUACAGUACUUAUCAUAACUCACCAAAUUUCGUUGAUGAGACUCGCCGACCGCAUCAUUGUCAUGAAUUCCGGUAAUGUCAUAGAAACUGGUUCUUAUGAUGAAUUAAUGACUCCACAUACUCAUUUUUGGAAACUUGUCCAUAGUGGUAAAUGGACAGACUAAUACCUUUGCAUUAUCCGAAUAAUGUUUUCUUAAUUUAUUAUCGCAUUUAUGUUACGAGAUACAUUAAUCAUCAAUACUUUAAUCAUUUUAAUAAAAAUUUUGUUGUAUAGUUGCUAAUUUGCUCUUUUUUUUUUUAUAAAAUAGUUUUCACUAUUCCGGCAGCGAUUGUAUUUCCAUCCCGUCGAAGAAUGAUUCUACUCAACGAUGGGCUUUCUUCAGAAGUACAUACUGGAUACAAACCUUCCAAAAAGUUAACUUGCAUAGAGGCACGCUUUCUACUGGUAAUGUGCCUUGCUUUCUUACCAUUUACGUUUAUGAUUUUUACAGCGACUGGAGCAACUGUUCGACCACGGUGGAGCACUAAUGUUGAUCCAGACAAGAUUGGACCGAGUAUAUCAAAAGUUUGAAUGUCUGCUGUAAAGGACUUACUGCGCUUAACAGGGUCACUAUAAGUGGACAAGAUAUCACCGAGACUGAUUUGGUUUGGCUCAAUGUCCGUCAGCUGUACAGUAACAUUAUCUCCAGCGACAGCCCAUGAUACGGAAGGAUCAGAAUUUCGCAUGACGGCUUUGACAUACGCAUCCUCCUGUGAAGAUACAUUAUACAAAACCUGGCCGUUUUGAAUAUUACCAGACUCUACUCUUCCUGAAAUAGUUGCGCCUCUCACAGAUCGAUAAGUAUCGUGAACAGAGACUCGAAGAGGUCCUCUAUAAGCCUUUAACGGAGGGUUGAAAUUAUCUAGAACUUCUAUUAAUGUUGGACCGUUAUACCAAGUGUAGAGUGGGGAAGAAGAUUUUUCUAUAAGAUUUACACCAGAGACAGCAGAAACAGGAAUAAAAUGAACGUUCUCCUCUUUAAAUCCAACCAUCCGAAUCAAGAAGUCAGAUACCGAAGCUUUGAUUUCAUUAUAGCGAUCCAAAGACCAAGACAUGAGAUCAAGCUUAUUCACGGCAACUGCAAGUUCAGAAACCCCAAGAGCACGUAGCAAAUAAGCAUGCUCUCGAGUUUGUCCAUUUGCUAGAAAACCACGCUCAUAGUUGUUUUGCGAAGAAUCGACGACCAAGAUUGCAAAUUCAGCAGAAGCAGCUCCAGCAAUCAUACCGGAAAUGAAAUCCUUGUGACCAGGCGCAUCACCAACCUCAUAAAUUUGUUUGUGGCUUUCAAAGGAGGUAGCCGCAACGUCCAUGGUAACACCCCUAAGACGCUCUUCGUCCGUAGAAUCGAGUAACCAAGCAUAAGAAAAGCUUCCCUUUCCUUGAUUAGAAGCCUCAUUGUGAAGUUUUUGCAUAGAUCGAGUGUUGACAUCACCCAGUUCAAACAUAAUCCUUCCAAGCAUGGUACUUUUGCCUGAAUCGACAUGUCCGGUAACAACUAAGUGGACAACAGGCUUGGGUUGAGACUCUUCGUAAAUUUUUGGAACAUCUAUCAACAAUGAAGACUCUUGCUUCCGUGGCGUUUGUGUCUCCUCUUCAUCCUUUGAUUUCUCUCCGGUCUGUUCUUUUCCGUUCAAAUUCAGCUUCUUCAUCGAAACGUUUAAAGAAGCAGAGGCAUUUUUAGUGGAAGGUUGGGCUUCAACGGUUUGUUUUUGUUUUUGUUCUUGUUUUGGUGGCUUCUUCUUAUGAGAUUCGUCUUUUCCAUUUUUCUCUUCAGCUCUUGCGGUACAGCUUUUAACUAGAUAAUUGACAGAUUUCUCCACAUCAAAAUAAUAGUACCAUACUGUAUCGGCUAUUUCUUUGUUUGUCACGGGAAGUCCUUCAACAGUUUCCUGGACAGCAGCAAUGGCUUCACGAAAUUGUUCUGCACAAGAAUGUUAGGUCAGACGGUCCGAUGAAAUAUUUCUUCAUGAUUUGCUUACCUUCUUGUUCAUCAGUCAAUUCUUCCACUGGCUCAUCUGCAUCAUACUCUAAAAAGAAAUCGCUUGUAAGCAGUUGAACUUCACUAUUUACAGACAACCAUACUUACCUUCCAACUCUAAAUUCUUUACAUUACGAUGUCUCGACAUCUUUUGGAUUGUAUUUACAAAAAUAUAGGGAUAAAUAAAACGAAUAAAUAAAGAGGCCUUUUACUAAAACAAUAGUUUUGGCACUUUGUACCUUUCAAAUUUUUUAUUGCUGGUACGCAAGAAGCGUAAUGGAAGUGACAUAAGAUAUUGACAUAGACGAUUCUCAAGUUAAGCAUGUCGCGCUAAACGAAGCAUUAGUAUAUGUUCGCCAAGAUUCUUUUUUAUUGUAGAAAAUGAAAAGAUGUCAAAAAUUUUACCUCUGAAGCGCUAUAGUCGCCGUGGAAAUUUUCUACAAAAGCUAGCAACUCCUAUAAUACCGGCUACUGCAAAGUAGUAAAAUUUUUAGUCUAAUUUUAGUAAUACCUUUUUAGUCUAUACAAACAAAAAGCUACGAAUUCUUGUAAAAGGUAGAUUUCUGCUCGAUGUUUAUUGUUUAUCAUACAAUAACUUUAAUACGA